AUGGUUAGAUCAACUACUAUAUUCAGAGUGAGCGACGCUUUACCGCUAGCUGCAAGUGUGGAUGAUGAGAGUACGGAGAAAGCUUUGAUAGAAUACAAACAACAAUCAAAAUUAGUGUUCAGAAGGUUGAACGCUAAUUCUGAACCUGCUUGUUCUAUCGAGAGUGGUCAAUAUACAUUACAUUACCUCAUCGUAGGACCCGUCAUCUAUAUGUGUAUAUGUGACGCUUCAUAUCCUCGGAAAUUAGCUUUUUCAUAUCUUGACGAAUUGAGUAAAGAAUUCCAAAGAAGUUAUGAAGGAAAGAUUGAGAGUGUUACUAGACCUUAUGCUUUUAUGGGGUUUGAUACGUUCAUUUCCAAAACCACAAGACUUUAUAGAGAUUCACGUACUUUAACACAAGGUACCACAGCUCCACCUUCAGGUCCAAGUCCACAUUUGGAUCAAUUGAAUGAUAAUUUGAAAGAUGUGACUAGGAUCAUGACUAAGAAUAUGGAAGAUUUAUUAUGGCGUGGGGAUAGUUUAGAUCGAAUGUCUUCCCUCUCCACUUCCCUUCGUGCCGAAUCUGCCAAAUAUCGAAAAGCAGCCAGACAAAUCAAUAUCGACGCAUUAUUACGGAAAUGGGCUCCUGUAGGUGGUAUAGGUUUAUUCUUUAUUGUAUUCAUAUGGUGGAGGUUUUUCUGA